AUGUCCGAGCCAACGGAUGUGUCAGUGGACGACUCCAUGACUUCGGCGCCUGUUCCAAAUUUACCUGCCCAAGUCGUUUCGCCUGAUAUCGCCCACGAUUCCUCUUCCACCUCGAAUUCGCUUCGUACAGACUCUACUCGCCCACCUCACCACCAUCACUCAAGUUCAACCAGUCUUGCCCAAGCCAAAAGCAGAAGGUCGCUGGCAUCUCUGGCACGCGAGAAAACAUCUAACGCCUUUGCAAAUCUGGCCUCCCUGGGCACAAGUUCCACACCAAGUUUGCGCUCGGCAACCUCGUCGGGAAGCCUAUCUAAACAUUCCGCCUCUGUCAACCACACACGACCAACUCUUCCACGGUCACCAACUUCGCCAGAAGUGCACGCCGCCGCACAGUCCCGGAGAACGAGCGGAAUCCCCCUUCCAAUUCAAGAUUCGAGAAACAGCACCACGGUCCCAUCAAUGCCGAACCCGGACAGGAAAGAUGGGAAAAUGCAUCAGACGUCAUCCAAGAUAUUGCGCAUGACCGACGAUGAGAGACCCUUCACCCGAGACUUCCAAGACCUAUUCGCCACUCUCAUUACCAGCCUGCCACUCACUCCCCAUCGAGUCAGGUUCUCGAGGGUCGAGGAGACGUUUCUAUCAGAAGAGGCCAUCACGAAUCUCGGCUCACUGAAGUUUUCUCAAUCUAACCGCAUCCCCGACCCAAAGAACCCAUCAAGAUGGGUCGUCACGACCACGACGACAACAUUUUCCAUGGCCAAGGAGAUGGCUCGCUCCGUGUGCCAACGAUUUGUUGAUGCACGGCUGAUCGAGUCUGCCGAGUCCAAAGGGAACACCGUCUUUGUGACCAAGGGUGGCGUGUGGCAACUGACGCCAAAGGGAUCCGCUACCCUACACCGUUUCUGCGGUCGAAACGGAAUUAAUGCACGUCACAUUGAACCCAUACUACGGCGAAAUCAGAUGCAGAUGGUAUCCUUGGAAAGGGACCCAGCCACCGACAAACUUGUACAGGACAGGCCGACGAUCGAGAUCAUAUUCCGCCGAUUUAUGGGCUCAGAAGGCCCCAACCUCAAGAGCUCUACAUCCUUGUCAGACUCUGACUCCGUCUCCGAGUAUGCCUCUGGACUUGUGGGUGUCAAGAUGGCCAAGGAACGAAGAGUGUUGGAUAAACUAGUCAACAACAGCUUCACUGGUAAAGCCGCUUCCGACUGGUUACUCGAUUGCUGCACCACCAUCGACCGCAGAGAAACCUACGAAAUGGCAGAAUUGUUUGUGAAGUGGCAGUUGAUGGCACCAGUUGUGGAGGACCGAGCAUAUAUUCGAUUGAACCCAAUGGCCACGUACUUCCAACCUACCAAGCAUGCAAUUUACACGAUCACGGAACGGGGACAACGGGUCUGCGGCUGGCUUGCACGGCCUGCGAGCAUUGACAGUGAAGAUAGUCGAGACACAAAGGAUCCUAAGAGUCGACUUGCAAAGGACUCCAACGUCAGCCGAUUGAACGUGAUCCUGCAAGACGCGGCCCUGCGGUUGCUCUUCAAAGAGUUUCUUAGGCAGUCACUCUGCGAGGAGAAUUUGCAGUUUUACUUCGACGUGUCGGACUUUACCACCAAUUACCGAAAUCUUGAGAAGUCUGGAAAGCUAGAACGACCCGAGGCUGUCAGGGAGACCCUCGCUGCGGCAUAUGGUCUCUAUAACUCAUUUCUUGCGUCCGGUGCCCCCUCAGAGCUGAACAUCGACCACUCCCUCCGGAAUCGUCUCGACUCACGAAUGAUUCGCACCAACGCCGAUGAUGAAUCCAUGCGUGAGAGUCUAGAUGAAGUUGUGGAUUUGUUUGAGCUUGCCCAAGGCGCCGUCUUUAAACUGAUGGCUAGCGACUCUGUCCCCAAAUUCCUCCGAGAUCCCAGGCACGCUGCGGUCCUUCGAGAUCACGAAAUCGACUUAAUCGGCUCGAACCGAGCAAUGUCACCCGCACCUGAUCGAACCGUCAGUCGGUCGAAUACACGAUCAUAA